AUGGCAGAGCUUCAGAGCUACGAAUUUAGAGCUGCUGUCAGCUCUUUGGGAGAGUUUGCUUUUGAGAUGUGCAAAGCUCCAAGCUCACAAAAACACCUUGUUGUCUACCCCUCAGGCACAUCUGGCAGAGAGACUGUUGCUGCUGACGACGAGGAUGAAGAAGAGGAUGUGGACGGUGAGGAGGAGGAUGAAGAAGAGGAUGUGGACGGUGAGGACAAGGAAGAAGAAGAGGAUGUGGACGGUGAGGACGAGGAAGAAGAAGAGGAUGUGGACGGUGAGGACGAGGAAGAAGAAGAGGAUGUGGACGGUGAGGACGAGGAAGAAGAAGAGGAUGUGGACGGUGAGGACGAGGAAGAAGAAGAGGAUGUGGACGGUGAGGACGAGGAAGAAGAAGAGGAUGUGGACGGUGAGGACGAGGAAGAAGAAGAGGAUGUGGACGGUGAGGACGAUGAAGAAGACGAGGAUGACGAUGAGGACGAUGGAGAAGAGGAAGAGGACGAGGACGAUGAGGACGAUGGAGAAGAGGAAGAGGACGAGGACGAUGAGGACGAUGGAGAAGAGGAAGAGGACGAUGAGGACGAUGGAGAAGAGGAAGAGGACGAUGAGGACGAUGAGGACGAUGGAGAAGAGGAAGAGGACGAUGAGGACGAUGAGGACGAUGGAGAAGAGGAAGAGGACGAUGAGGACGAUGAGGACGAUGGAGAAGAGGAAGAGGACGAUGAGGACGAUGGAGAAGAAGAAGAGGAAGAGGACGAUGAGGACGAUGGAGAAGAAGAAGAGGAGGAGGACGAUGAGGACGAUGGAGAAGAAGAAGAGGAGGAGGACGAAGAGGACGAUGGAGAAGAACAAGAGGAGGAGGACGAAGAGGACGAUGGAGAAGAACAGGAGGAGGAGGACGAAGAGGACGAUGGAGAAGAAGAGGAGGAAGAGGAGGAAGAGGACGAUGGAGAAGAAGAGGAGGAAGAGGAGGAAGAGGACGAUGGAGAAGAAGAGGAGGAAGAGGAGGAAGAGGACGAUGGAGAAGAAGAGGAGGAAGAGGAGGAAGAGGACGAUGGAGAAGAAGAGGAGGAAGAGGAGGAAGAGGACGAUGGAGAAGAAGAGGAGGAAGAGGACGAAGAGGACGAUGGAGAAGAAGAGGAGGAAGAGGACGAAGAGGACGAUGGAGAAGAAGAGGAGGAAGAGGACGAAGAGGACGAUGGAGAAGAAGAGGAGGAAGAGGACGAAGAGGACGAUGGAGAAGAAGAGGAGGAAGAGGACGAAGAGGACGAUGGAGAAGAAGAGGAGGACGACGAGGACGACGAGGACGAUGGAGAAGAAGAGGAGGACGACGAGGACGACGAGGACGAUGGAGAAGAAGAGGAGGACGACGAGGACGAUGAAGAAGAAGAGGAGGACGACGAGGACGACGAGGACGAUGAAGAAGAAGAGGAGGACGAC